AUGGCGUCCGCGCGGUGCGCCAACGCGCGCGAACUCGCGUGCGGUCGCGCGUCGUCGAACCGCGUCGCAUCGCGCGGUCGACGCGCGGUGUGCGCGCCGCGACGCGCGGUUGAAUCCUCCGGAUUAUCCGAAAUCGUGACGCUCGACUCGGGCAUCAAAGCCGGUUUCAUCGUCUUUGGCGCGCGCGUCGCCGCGCUGGGGCUGGGGAAGGCGAAACAGGGAUCGGACGUCGAUCGAGCGCUCGAGGAUUGCGCCGCGCGCGGGAUCGACGUGAGCGAUUUGUACUACGCGGAGGAUCAAGGCGAGCAAAGGUGGUAUCUCGUGGGCAACUGGAAGGUGCCGCGCGCGGGCGACGCGAAGUACGGCGAUGGACGGAUGAGUCAAGAGUUGAAGAGUCGCGUGCGUUAUCACGACGCAAAAGCCGUCGCGGAUGAGGCUGGGGUGAGUUACGUGGACAUCGACGAACACACGGCGUUGUAUCCGACGACGCCGAAGCGGGCGUUAGAGCUUCGCAGACGAUUGACGGCCGCGGGAUUCGAGACGAAAUGGGAUUGA